GGCAUGGAGAUAGUCAUCCGACAAAAAGGGUACUGCAGAUAAAGCUACCGAUAAACAACACCGAAGAAGAAGAAGAAGAAGAAAUGGAAGGGGAGGAGAAUUCCGACUGAAAUAGUUGGCCAAUGGCAGGCUUACACCCGCAGUCUGGUUCCUGUGAGUCAGACUAGUAAAGAAGUAAAAAAAAAGAAAAAGAAGUCGAAAGUGAAACUGUUUCAAACUCAAACGUCAUUUAAAAGACGGAGGACAAAGAGGAUGCAGUAAAAAGGAAUUAAAUUCGUUAAAAGAACUGACUUGGCUGGUUUGGGAUAGAUCCCACGUGUGGUCUAAACUGGGCAGAUUUGUUCCAGUCUCCUGAGAUAGGGGGCGCUGUUUAUAAAAUGAGUCUCUCAGAGGAGCCAGACACCAAAGGAGGAACCCUCAGCACUAUGAGGAAGAGGGUCCAGGUAGAAAGAGCAGGGUCACCUGUACCCAGCUGUCUGUCUAUGAAGAGUGAUCGUUCAAUGGAUCAUCCAUUGGCAUUCAGAGGAAAGUUCACAGGUGAUCAAAGGGUCCAGGUAGAAAGAGCAGGGUCACCUGUACCCAGCUGUCUGUCUAUGAAGAGUGAUCAUUCAAUGGAUCAUCCAUUGGCAUUCAGAGGAAAGUUCACAGGUGAUCAAAGGGUCCAGGUAGAAAGAGCAGGGUCACCUGUACCCAGCUGUCUGUCUAUGAAGAGUGAUCAUUCAAUGGAUCAUCCAUUGGCAUUCAGAGGAAAGUUCGCAGGUGAUCAAAGGGUCCAGGUAGAAAGAGCAGGGUCACCUGUACCCAGCUGUCUGUCUAUGAAGAGUGAUCAUUCAAUGGAUCAUCCAUUGGCAUUCAGAGAAAAGUUCACAGGUGAUCAAAGGAUACUGCAUUCACUCCAGUCCUGCUCUUUAGAAGAGAACAGUUCAGAGAAAUUAUCUUCCCCAAGACAGUCUCUCCUGCGCACUUUGAUGAAGCUGAAGAAGGAUGAGAAGUUGAAACAGUUUCAGAGCCAUCUGAGUCAGGAUUGCCCAGAAUGCUUAAAGAGUCUGUCUGAAGAUCCUUCUGUACUGGUUAAGUUUAUGAAGAUGAAGGAAUUGUUCAAAAGUCAUCGAAUUGAAGGUUACCCAGAAUGCAUUGAGAGCAAGCGGAAGGAUCCUGAGGCCCUGUACAUAGUUGAGAAGUUGCUGGAGACCUGUGGCAAUGAGAGGUCUCUGAAGAUCACACUCCACAUCUUGAGGAACAUGAAGCAGAAGGAUCUCACUGACUCACUGGAGAGAGAUGAGCAGCGCAAUGAAUCCAUAAAAAUAGCCCAGAAGGCACUUAAAGCUUAUCUAAAGAGGACGUUUGAAUGCAUAUUUGAAGGUUUAGCAAAGCAGAGCAACCCAACCCUCCUCAAUGAGAUCUAUACAGAGCUCUACAUCACAGAGGGGGGAAGUGGGGGGGUCAAUAAUGAACACGAGGUCAGACAGAUUGAGACAGCAUCCAAGAGACAAACCACACUGGAGACUGCAAUCCUCUGCAGUGACAUCUUUAAGCCUUCACCUGGACAAAAGAAACCCAUCAGAACUGUGCUUACAAAGGGCAUCGCUGGCAUUGGGAAAACUGUCUCUGUGCAGAAGUUCAUUUUGGACUGGGCAGAAGGAAAAGCCAAUCAGGACGCUAAUUUCAUCUUCACUCUUCCUUUCCGAGAUCUGAAUUUGAAGAAGGAAAGGGCAUUCAGUCUGAUGCAACUUCUGCAGCACUACUUUCCACAACUGAAAGAGAGCCAAAGUGUUGAAGGUAAUGAGGUCAAAGUGGUGUUUAUCUUUGAUGGUCUGGAUGAGUGUCGACUUCCUCUAGAUUUCCAAGGUAAUGAGAUCUGCUGUGAUAUAACAGAAUCAUCAUCAGUGGAUGUGCUGCUGACCAACCUCAUUAAGGGGAAUCUGCUUCCCUCUGCUCUCCUCUGGAUCACCUCCCGACCAGCAGCAGCCAAUCAGAUCCCUCCUGAGUGUGUCCACCGAGUGACAGAGGUACGAGGGUUCAAUGACCCACAGAAAGAGGGGUACUUCAGGAAGAGAAUCAGAGAUCAGAACCAGGCCAGCAGAAUUAUCACACACAUAAAGUCAUCCAGGAGUCUCUACAUCAUGUGUCACAUACCUGUCUUCUGCUGGAUUUCUGCUACUGUUCUGGAGACAAUGUUGGGUAAAGCAAAGAGUGGAGAUCUGCCCAAAACUCUGACUGAAAUGUACACACACUUCCUGCUCAUUCAGACUAAUGUGAAGAAUCAGAAGUAUCAUGGCACUGAUGAGACAGACUCAAAGAUGUCAGCAUCAGAUACAGAAAUCAUCCUGAAACUGGGGCGGCUGGCUUUUCUACAGCUGGAAAAGGGCAAUCUGAUAUUCUAUGAAGAGGACCUGAGAGAGAGUGGCAUUGAUGUCAGUGAAGCUUCAGUGUACUCUGGGGUGUGCACAGAGAUCUUUAAAGAGGAGUGUGGGUUGUAUCAGGAGAAGGUCUACUGCUUUGUGCAUCUGAGCAUUCAGGAGUAUCUGGCUGCUUUAUUUGUGUUUCAUUCAUGUGUGAAUGAGAACAGAAAUGUACUCAGAGCAGAAGAAUCAUAUCCUCACAGUGACAGAGUGCAGCUGUCUGAGUUACACAGGACUGCAGUGGAUCAGGCCUUAAAGAGUAAGAAUGGACACCUGGACCUUUUCCUCAGAUUCCUUCUUGGCCUCUCUCUGGAGUCCAUUCAGAAGCUCCUACGGGGACUACUGACACAGACAGGAAGCAGAUCACCUGUACCAGACCUACAGACACAGACAGAAAGCAGAUCACAGAGCAUUAAUAAAACAGUCCAGUACAUUAAGGAGAGGAUCAGAAAGGAAUCUUCAGCAGAGAGGACCAUCAAUCUGUUCCACUGUCUCAGUGAACUGAAUGACAACUCUCUAGUGGAGGUCAUCCAGAAUUCCCUGAGAUCAGGAAGACUUUCUGAUAAGGAGCUGGAACCACACCAGUGCUCAGCUCUGGCCUUUGUGUUACUGAUGUCAGAGGAGGUCCUGGAUGAGUUUGACUUGAAGACCUACAACACAUCAGCAGCAGGUCAUCAGAGACUGUUACCAGUAGUCAGGAACUGCAGGAAGGCCACACUGAACAGCUGUGACCUCACAGAGGAGUCCUGCAAUAUUGUGGCCUCAGCUCUCCAGUCAUCAAACUCAAUCCUGAGAGAUCUGGACCUCAGCUACAAUAACCUGAGAGAUUCAGGAGUGAAGUUGCUCUGUGCUGGACUGAUGAGUCCAAACUGUAAACUACAGAGACUGGGACUGAACAGCUGUGACCUCACAGAGGAGUCCUGCGAUAUUGUGGCCUCAGCUCUCCAGUCAUCAAACUCAAUCCUGAGAGAUCUGGACCUCAGCUACAAUAACCUGGGAGAUUCAGGAGUGAAGCUGCUCUGUGCUGGACUGAUGAGUCCAAACUGUAAACUACAGAGACUGGGGCUGGGAUGGUGUAGUCUCACAGAGGGCUGCUGUGAUGUUCUGGCCUCAGUCCUGCGUUCUCCUCACUCAGAGCUGAGAGAUCUGGAGCUCAGAGACAACGAGCUGCAGGAUUCAGGAGUGACAGCGCUCUCUGCUGGACUGGAGGACCCACACUGUAAACUGCAGAGACUGGGGCUGUCAGGCUGUAGAGUCACACAGAGAGGCUGUGAUUCUCUGGCUUCAGCUCUGUGUUCAAACCCCUCACACCUGAGAGAGCUGGACCUGAGAUACAAUCACCCAGGAGACUCAGGAGUGAGAGCGCUGUCUGCUGCUAAACUGGACACACUCACACUGCUUGUGGACCAUGAAGGAGAGAACAGGAUCAAACCAGGGCCCAGGAAAUACGGCUGUCAGCUCACACUGGAUCCAAACACAGCGAACAGAGAGCUGUCUCUGUCUGAGGGGAACAGGAGGGUGACAAACACACUGGAAGAGCAACCAUAUCCUGAUCAUCCAGAGAGAUUUGCGUUCGAGCCCCAGGUUGUGUGCAGAGAGAGUGUGUGUGAGCGCUGUUACUGGGAGGCUGAGUGCAGUGUGUCUGAGAGGUGGGGAGGGGUUUGUAUAGCAGCGACAUAUAAAGGAAUCAGCAGGAGAGGAGUGAGUUCUGACUGUAGGUUUGGAUUCAAUAAAAUCUCCUGGGGAAUGAGCUGCACUAAGCACGGUGACUCUGAUAAACUCAGUUACUCUGUCUGGCACAAUGAGAACCGAACACACAUACCUGCCCUCACCUCCCCCUACCGCAGAGCAGGAGUGUGUGAUGAUGAUGAUGGGAGAGGAGUGUGUGUGUACAGGGUAGGAGUGUGUGUGGACCGUCUGGCCGGCACUCUGUCCUUCUACAGCGUCUCUGACUCUGACACACUGACCCUCCUGCACAGAGUCCACACACACUUCACUCAACACACACCCCUCUGUGCUGGAUUUAGAGUGUGUAACUCCUCCUCAGUGUCCCUCUGC